AUGUGCGGACUGACGGCAUUCUUGGCUCUGAAUAAAGUCGCUCAUGAUGAGAACACCGCUGUGUCAUCCCAGAGGCUAGUAUCUCAGAUAAAUGACAGUUUAGACUUGGUCGAGCAUAGAGGUCCUGAUGCGUGUGGCCAAUGGAUCAGCCCUGACAUACGAGUUGGUUUCGGGCAUGUACGCCUUUCGAUCAUAGAUCUUAGCGCAGCCGGAAACCAACCUUUUCAUAAUGAAGAUAAUACUAUUCAAGCCGUCGUCAAUGGAGAGCUUUAUGACCACGAGCGAAUUCGAAGUGAGUUGGCCAACGAAUAUGAAUUUGUUAGCAAGAGCGACUGCGAGAUUGUCAUUGCCCUAUACCACCGUUAUGGAUUGUCGUUCGUCUCUCACUUGAGAGGAGAAUUCGCUUUGGUACUUUGGGAUGAGAAACACAACCGGUUUAUAGCUGCGCGAGAUAGAUAUGGCAUCAAGUCACUCUACUAUACCAUUAUCGAUGCAAGGCUUCACGUCGUGACUGAGAUGAAAUUCUUUUUGCCAUUUGGAUGGGCUCCUGAGUGGGACAUUGCCAAUUCUAGAGGAGUGGGAUGGAUGUAUGGGGCGGAUAUGUACUUCAAUGGAGUGCACCGGAUUGAACCUGGUCAAAUGCUCGUGAAUUUGGAGUAUCCUGACAAGAGGCUUGUCUAUGCAGGCACCGAAGCUGAGGCAAUCGCUCGCGUGCGAGAAUUGCUGCUCAAUUCGGUGCGGCUUCGCCUUCGCGCUGAUGUGGGUGUUGGUGUCUUCCUGAUCGGCGGGCUGGACUCCUCUGCAGUUGCAGGCAUGACGGCACAUUUGAUGAAGCAAGGAACAAGACUUGGAAAUGAACUGACCGAUGACACCUCAAGGCUAAGCUGCUUCACGGUGCAGUUCGAGAAAGAGUCGGGGAUCGAUGAAUCCGAGAUUGCCCGGCGGACUGCAGAGUGGCUUGGAGUUUUUUUCCACGCAGUGUUGCUGGACGAAGAGACCAUCGCGUCUCGACUGGAGGACACAAUCUGGUACACGGAAACGCCGCUCCCUGACGUGGACGGGAUGGGUCGACUGGCCGUUGCAGAAGCCGCUCACAACGCAGGCAAAAGAUAUUUUGUAGGAUAUAGUGAUCUGAUGGGGAGCUACUUGAGUGAGCCAGACCAUGCAUGGCCCGCAUUUCUAGCCGUCGACGGCAGCCGAGAAGAGAUAGAGGCUACCGUCAAUCGAAGAAUGGCACAAGCGGUAGCUAAGGUGACGGUCAAGUCAGGGAAUGAGCAUAGUCUCAGCCACACCUCUAUGUUCUCAACACUUGCUUGGUUCAAUCAACUAGCCUUUCAGGCAUGGACUGAGAAAUACACCCAAGGCGACCCACAAUUGCCCUUUUUCCGAAGCUUUUGUGAGAAGGUCAUCAACAACAUGGAACAGAAAUGGCACUCACUAAAUUCCUCUCAAUACCAGUGGACCAAGUCAAUGCUGGCGAACGGCAUUCUCCGUUAUAUUGGCGACAAUAUAGACAUGGUAUUUCAGGUGGAGACGCGGCCACCGUUUCUCGAUCAUUACCUCACAGAAUAUAGAGAAAGAUCUUUCGUGAAAAAACAUGUUCUUCGCGAAGCUAUGAGACCAUUUAUCACCGAAGAGGUUUCGAAUCGCGUGAAGCAACCAUAUCUUGGUCCAACUAAAUACAGGGAGAAUGGUCCUGUUUAUCACACUCUGAAGCGGUCACUUACAGAGACCAAUGUUCAGAACCUGGGCUUUGCUGACUGGAGCAAAGUCCAGCACACCUUCACACGCGCGUUUCAUGAUGGUGAUCUCAAGGCUUUUAGAAGUACUCUCUUUGUGGCUCAACUUGUGGUACUAGCCCAAAGAUUUGGAGUAAAGCCGGCAAGCGCCAUUUAG